AUGGCAUCAAACAAAGCAGCAUGGCUUGACGCUCAGGGUGCAUCUUUGCAAGUACGCGACGCACCUAUGCCCAAACCAGGACCAAGUGAAAUCGUGAUCCAGAACAGGGCUGUUGCGAUCAACCCACUAGAUUGGCAUAUGCAGGAUAUCGGAAUAUUCGUGCAACAAUGGCCAACAAUCCUAGGUUGCGACGUGGCCGGAGAGGUGUUCGAGGUCGGUUCCGAUGUAACCAGAUUUACAAAAGGUGACCGUGUAAUUGCGCAUACCAUCGGUGCUGUAACAGCGAAGCCUCAGGAUGCUGCCUUCGCACUCUAUUCUGUUGCCCCCGCUGCAAAAGCAGCCAUCCUGCCCGCACCCAUAUCGUACGCAGAUGGUUCGGUCUUGCCUUUGGCCCUUGAAACAGCGAUAUGCGGCCUAGCACUUCAGACCCCAGGGGAGGCUUUGCCAGGAGUCCCGACCCCGACCAUGGGACUUCCUUACCCGAGGCUUUCUCCAAUCCCUUGUGGAAAGACAAUUAUCGUCCACGGAGGGUCAUCCUCAGUCGGAACGAUGACUAUUCAACUGGCUGUCGCAAGCGGAGUCACCGUGAUCGCCCUUGCAGGCUCACAAAAUCUCGAACUGUGCCGAUCUCUCGGUGCCACUGAAGCCUUCGACUACAAAGAUCCAUUAGUUUUGCAAAAGGUCGUUGACGUUAUUGCCGAUAAGAAAACGUUUGCUGGUAUUGUUGACGCUGUCUCGACCCCUAGCACAUACGAGCAGGAUUUACAACUUUUGUCCCAAAUUGGUAAUGGCGGAUACCUGGUUUGCUCCCACCCGCCUCCGACAGAAGGCCUGCCAGAAAAUGUCAAGGCGGGAAUGAUAUUCUCAAUUAAUGAUAUUUCGCAGCAGAUGUGGGAGGAAUUUGUCACACCGGCCUUACAGUCCGGGCAACUCAAAUGUGCCCCUCGUACACUCGUGGUUGGCAAGGGUCUAGAGUAUAUCCAAGAGGCACUUCAGAGCAAUAAAGCUGGGGUAAGCGCGACCAAGAUAGUGGUAGAGCUAUAG